AUUGGAGGAAAAUCACACAAACCCUCUUGAUUGGUUGAUUAUUCGACGCGUUUAAACCGCUGGUUUGGCAACAAGCAAUAGUCGAUCGAAGCAGGAACUAUGAGCGGCAUACAGCGCUUCCUACGAAUGAGCGCGGUCGAGGCCGAGGCUGCCAUGAAGCCUCGUCUGGUGGACGUCAAGUGGAAGCAGCCGCUUAUUUCUGGCCGCAAGAUUGCCAUGGUGAAGAAGCACGCGGCACGCAAUGGCCUCGUGGGCACGUGGGAAGAAGGCAAGGGUGGAUGGCUGGAGACGUGGGACCGACCGCAGAAGCACCACGUGAUGCGGCCGCUCAAGGGCCACAAGAACCAGCGCAACGAGUUCGAGCGCGUCAAGAAGGUGCAGGCAGCGCUGGCGGCUAUGCCCACAAAGAUCGCGGAACACAAGAAGGCAGUCAAGCAGGCCAAGCCUCUCAAGGGACUGGACAAGUGGCUCAACGAGACGGACCCGUACUAGAUGUAGAGCUGAAACAGAGACAGGAGCUGAAGGAGAUACAACCUGUAGCAACAUACACAAGUCAUGCACUCUCUUUUGCUCCAUGCCAGAUGGAUGAAUUGACGAUAGCUGCUUGCAUGAUUGGGUCGUGGCAGAUUCAGAACAACAGGGAUGUCGUGUUAACAGUGAGGCUGGAUAUACUUCUAGGUGCAGUGAAAAAAAAAACUGCCAGCAAUUUAUUAGUAGGCUAUUAUACAACCAAGCCUAGACAACAGUGCUGCUCCCGUGCCCACGAGGGUAUCAACACCAA